AGUAGAAAAGCAUGUAGUAUGACCAGAGAUUCAAACGGAGUUGAAGGCGUUUCGGUCUGAACUAACAUAUCAAAAAAAGUCGCGGACAAAUUUGUUUUUCAGAUCAUUCGAACAUUGAAUUCUCCCAGUGGCAAUCGCAAGAAAAUGUGCCUCGCAUGCAAGAUGGAAGUCAGAAGAUAUGGCUAAAGGACCAAGAUCGAGAUAGAUUCCGUCUAUCAUGAGCAACCAAGACGAGACUGCUAGCCUAUUAAUAGGACAUCCAACCCUCACCAGUGCCUCUUCCACAUCGAAUUAUUCUAAACCGGUUCUGAUGAGACAGGAAUGUACGACAUUUCUGGUAUCAUCUCACCAUCCUCAGCUGUCCGUCUUUUCGGACAGCGAAGAGGAUGGUUCUAUUUGCGUUGAAGAAAAUAACACUAGAUCCGUACCUGAUAUAGAACUCCAUUGCAGGCUUGAUAUCAAAGGGUGUAAGCCUAAUCUUCCGUCAAACAUACCGAUACGGAACAGGAGUUCUUCAAACGCAUUUCAACUGGCUCCACACACAUCUCCAAGAAACUAUUUAGAACGACGAACCUCUCAUACACCGACCUCCAUCUUGAGGAUUUGCAAAUCUGUUUCAAGGGAAAGCAUGAAUUCGAUACACCAAUGCAACUGUCCAUGCCUCAACACACCGAUGUCGUGCAGUUUGUGCCCGGAGGACCAAUCAGUAUUACCUUCUCUACCAGGAUCGAGAAUUAUCAGGCAAAGUUCUCAACCGGAAGCGUCAAAGCCGUGCUGCGGAAAGAAUUGCGUACAUGGAUCGGCCGCCUCAACAUCCCUAAGACAACUAAGGGACCACAGUGACAGGGAAGGAGGAAUUGCUAUGAUAGCCGCCGAUUCCCUACGUAUCAAUGGUGCUAUGCGAAACUUUCGUCAGUUACGAAAGCCAGUUUCAACAAUUUCUAUACCUGGGGCGAUAAAAAACUCCAGUAAGGAUUUUGGGCCAAGAAUGCAACAAGACGAACCUGGUGUUGCACUUGUUGGUCAUGCGGAAUAUCCAAGGUUCAUAGAAGAACGAACACUUGGGGGUAGCGUAUAUAAAGGUCCAUCGUCUGGAAGCCUCAAACACAAACCCAACGUUGGUUAUAGAUUAGGGAGAAGAAAAGCACUCUUUGAAAAACGGAAGAGAAUUAGUGAUUAUGCUCUGGUUAUGGGUAUGUUUGGUAUUAUAAUAAUGGUUAUAGAAAAUGAGCUGUCUAGUGCAGGGGUUUAUGGAAAAGAUGAAUUUUAUUCCAUCGCACUAAAAACCUUAAUAUCUGUUUCGACUGUGAUCCUCUUAGGCCUCAUCGUAGCUUAUCACGCUUUAGAAGUUCAGCUCUUCAUGAUAGACAAUUGUGCUGAUGAUUGGCGAAUAGCAAUGACAUGGCAGAGAAUUAGUCAAAUAACAAUGGAGUUAGUGAUAUGCGCCGUACAUCCGAUACCUGGCCAAUACCGUUUUGUAUGGACAACAAAAUUAUCGAAUAGUAAAAACGGGAUGAUUGGUUCAAAAAGUGUACCCUACGAUGUUCCUCUAUCCCUGCCUAUGUUUCUUCGUCUGUAUCUCAUCUGCAGAGUGAUGUUAUUACACAGCAAGUUAUUCACAGAUGCCUCCUCCCGUAGCAUAGGAGCUUUGAAUCGAAUUAAUUUCAACACGAGAUUCGUACUGAAGACACUAAUGACAAUUUGUCCAGGGACUGUUCUCCUCGUUUUUAUGGUUUCAUUAUGGAUAAUAGCUAGUUGGACACUUAGACAAUGCGAGAGAUAUCAUGAUGAAGAGCACGCCAAUCUUCUUAAUGCCAUGUGGUUGAUAGCAAUUACUUUUCUAAGUGUUGGAUUUGGUGAUAUUGUGCCAAAUACAUAUUGUGGUAGAGGCAUUGCAGUUAGCACUGGGAUAAUGGGCGCAGGUUGUACUGCCUUACUGGUAGCAGUUGUAUCUAGGAAAUUAGAAUUAACUAGGGCGGAAAAACACGUUCAUAAUUUCAUGAUGGAUACUCAAUUAACAAAGAGGUUGAAAAAUGCAGCGGCAAACGUACUCAGAGAAACAUGGUUGAUAUACAAACAUACACGACUUGUUAAGAGGGUGAACCCUGGGAGGGUUAGAACCCAUCAGAGAAAAUUCCUCUUGGCAAUAUAUGCUCUUAGGAAAGUCAAAAUGGAUCAAAGAAAACUGAUGGAUAAUGCCAACACAAUAACUGACAUGGCUAAAACUCAGAACACAGUUUACGAAAUAGUUUCGGAUAUAAGUACCCGCCAAGACACAGUAGAGGAAAGAUUAACAACUAUGGAAGACAAAUUAGUGGCUCUACAAGAACAGCUAGAACUGUUACCAGAUCUGUUAGCAAAUCGCAUACAAGCACAGGCGGAAAAGAACGAACAAAGGCGUAAUUUUCUGCACCCCGAAUCUGCGGCUGGUCUUCAGACAGCACGCAGCGUUCCACCGACCUAUCCAUGGCCUGGUACCACGAUGUCUUCUUUUGCCAAAGUUUCUACCACAACAACAACAGGAGGACAAAGCUGAUUUUUCAGUAGAUAUCUUAAGAACUAUUCAGAUAUAAAUAUCAUGAAAAUAUGUUUUUAUCCGGUAUUAUGGGUACAAAAAUUCAUCUGCGAAUUUCAAAAAUACUUCAUACGCUAGUCUAAGACCAUUUUAUAUACGAAAAUUGUUUUCAUUCCACAUGAAUGGUUCAAAGAAUAGUGGAAAGGUAUAUUUCAUCAUAGACAAAUAUAUUUUCAUCCAUAUUAAUAUGUAGCUCAAAUAAUGAUGCAGUUGUAUUUGUGGCUCCCAAAAAAUGAUCAAACAUUAUACUUUCACCAAUAACAUACUAAUUUAAGACUGGAAAAACCUAGUUAAACCGAAUAACAGCAUGAAAUAGAAUUGACUGCAUUCUCUGAGUCGGCUAAUGAAAUUAGAAAAUUAUUAAUUAAUUUGUUUGCAUUCUCAGGAUACAUCCUAAAUAGAGAUGUUAAAGUGAAAUGUGGAAAAUUUUAAAUGCAUUAUAAAAAUAUUCUGUAAACCUGGAUUUGGAUUGCAACAGAACGAGUGACCAGCAAUCUCUUAGAUAUGAUCAUAAUGUUUCAUGUUUGUAUAAUGAAGAGAGCAUAAAUUCAAAAUUUUCUACACUUUCCAUCUCGAAAAUUAAAUGAUCUUAAUUUCAAUCGUUUAAAAAUUGAAGCAAAGCAAUAUGAGAUGCAUUCGUAUUUCAUUUCAUAGUGUCCAAUGUUUGGACAAAUCGCUAGUUAUAGAGAAUAUUCGAAAGAUUUCGUCAAUUCUUUAAAUGAGCUGAAUCCUUGAAAUUCAUAGGAAUAGUUCAUAGAGAGUUUUUUGAAUAACGUAGUUAAUUUAGUCAUUCAUGGUGCAUAUACUUAAUAUAAAUAUGAGAUUUAUUGAAAUUUUAGAGCCUUAUUAUACACAUACAGUGAGUAUUAGAUAUAUAAAGCUAGCGUACAUUUAAGUUGAGAACAUAUUAAUCAAAGUAUAUUAUCGAUUGAGAAUGACAAAAAGGUUCUCAUUCAUUUGACUAUUGAGCACCUUGGUUCAACAAAAAAUGAAUAGAAAGCUCUAGCUAACAUUUUUACAAAAGCGAAUGGUGCUAAAACGUUCUAGAAUACAAAAUAUUUAAAAUAACUUUCCACUUCUAGAAUCAUCCUAUCCAAUCUUAAAACUACAUACUGAAAACCUAUACUUGCUGGUAUAGACGCCAUUUCGUCAUUCUCAAUAUAGUCAGACACUAAGAAAUUUCCAAAAAUUUUAAAGGGACAGUUUCAUUGAGCAAUUAUUUUUAAAUCGAUCAUGAAAAUUUUCCAUAGAUUCAAUUUUGAUUAAUUUUUGUUCCAUUAUGGUUGUAAGCAGCAGUGGUAUGGUUAAGAUUGAUAAGGAUUGUUUCUUGCUCUAUACUUUCUGAUUGUUGAAAUGCGAAGGAUAGAAAAGAAAUUUUUUAAUUUUAUUUAAAGAAGGGUUGAUCCAUUUUUGUCAUACCGAAAGAAAUAGUAAAUAUGUCAAACAGAUCUCUCAUCCGCUUGUAUUGUUUUCAUCUUGCAUUAAUUGAUUUCAAAUGAUUCCAAAAAAUAUAUACAUACAAACUAAUCAAUCACACCUGAACAAUUCUGAAUUCAGUCUGUUUCAUUAUUUGAUCAUAAUUCUCACUCUGACUUCCAAGAAUAGAAUAGAAUUUUCUCAUUGCUUUAAUACCAAAAUUUUCAUAUAAUAAAAGGAGCAGGAAACAAUGCAGUACAUAUUGACAAUUAUUGUCUAAAUUUUGUCCAUGAAAAACUGGGAAUUUAAAAGCAAAAACACGCUCAAAUUAGAUUGAUCGUCUAAGGAUGGUCCUGCCGUUAUUAAAUGUGUCAAACCUGUUGGAAAGUUCUUGAGGUUAACUGAAUCUAAAAUAUUCUCAAUUUUUGACUCGGAACAUUCAAGAAAUUCAGGAAGUUUAGCAACAUAAUUUUCCCUCGAGAUCGAAACAUGAUGAUCAACGUUUUGAGUCGACAAAAACAGGUGUGAUAAACAUGGUGCACCUUCAACAUUAUAAAUAUAUUCAGAGGUCCAAACUGUUGAGAUAUAAGAUUUUUUUGCAUGUCGCAAGUUUUAUAAGCAUAUUAUAAUAAAUCAUUUACUAUAUACUCUAUGAUAAAUGAAAUGUAUCUAUGCGUAGUUAAUCUGCUAUAUUUUUGAAAUGCAUUUUCAUGUCAACCCACCCAUGUUAUCAACGAAUAAACUAUUAGUUUUAUAAAA